GAGGCAAACGAAAAUGGAGAACAAAAAUUUUCUUUUAUGCUACUGUUUUAGCUUCUUGCUCAUUUUCCCGACGUCCAGGUCUCAAUCUUUCAACUAUACCGAAGCUUUAUCCAAAAGUCUUCUCUACUUCGAAGCUCAACGCUCCGGUCGCUUACCCUAUAACCAACGCGUCACGUGGCGCCACCACUCCGCCCUCAUCGACGGCCUCGAACAAGGAGUGGACCUGGUAGGAGGAUAUUACGACGCAGGUGACAACGUCAAAUUUGGUCUGCCAAUGGCUUUCACUGUAACAAUGCUAUCUUGGGGUGUGAUUCAAUAUGGAAAAGAAAUAUCCGAAGCUGGCGAAUAUCAUCACGCGCUUGAAGCUAUCAAGUGGGGAACCGAUUAUUUCAUCAAAGCACACACUCAACAAAAUGUCCUAUGGGUUCAGGUGGGUGAUGGCUACACCGAUCAUUACUGUUGGCAACGGCCGGAGGACAUGACAACAUCGCGACAAGCGUACAAGGUCGACAAGAAUAACCCGGGAUCCGACGUGGCUGGAGAGACAGCGGCAGCAAUGGCAGCAGCAUCAAUAGUAUUCAAGAAAACAAACCCACAUUACUCCCAACUACUAUUACAUCAUGCAAAACAAUUGUUUGAAUUUGGUGACAAGUAUAGAGGGAAAUACGACGAAAGUGUGAAGACAGUGAAAGGGUACUAUACGUCGGUGAGUGGGUACAUGGAUGAGUUGUUAUGGGCUGCUUUGUGGCUAUACAAAGCCACCGACAAUGAGGUUUAUUUGAUGUAUGUGUUAGACAAUGCUCUUGGAUUUGGUGGGAUCACUUGGGCCAUUUCUGAAUUCAGCUGGGAUGUCAAGUUUCCUGCUCUUCAACUCAUUGCUUCCAUGUUAUUCACUGAGGAGAGGCAUAGAAAACACGAGCACAUAUUACAACAAUACCGUUCAAAAGCGGAGUUUUAUCUCUGUUCUUGUCUUAACAAAAACAACGUGACUAAUGUGGAACGCACCCCAGGAGGGUUACUAUACAUCCGCCAAUGGAACAACCUCCAAUACGCAUCAACGGCUGCGUUUCUUCUCACAGUUUACUCCGAUUAUCUUCAAGCAUCAAAUCAACGGCUGAAAUGCGACCGUGGCACAUUGGACCCACAAGAAAUUUUCGGUUUUGCCAAAUCACAAGUCGAUUAUAUAUUAGGUGCUAAUCCAAUGAACAUGAGCUACUUGGUUGGUUACGGUUCGAAGUAUCCUCAAAAGGUCCACCAUAGAGGCGCAUCCAUUGCAUCAUAUAAAGAGUACAAGGGUUUUGUUGGGUGCACACAAGGGUAUGAUAUAGGGUACAACAGCCAAGAUCCAAACCCUAAUGUCCUUGUGGGGGCCAUAGUUGGUGGGCCAGACAAGAAUGAUGAAUUUAGAGAUGAGAGAGGAAACUAUGUGCAAACUGAAGCAUGUACUUAUAACACAGCAUGUCUUGUUGGGGUUUUUGCUAAAUUGCAUAAAGGGAAUUUAGUUGGUUUUAGCUGUAGCUAGCUAAUACAAAUUUUAAAUAAAAAUUAUUUUUUCAUUUGUUUGUAUGAA